GAAUCUGGCGGACGAAUCACACCCGCAAUGUCUCGCCGACGCCCGAACUUUUCAACUCGGACCCCCGAGGAAGAUGUCUCACGACUUGACCCAAACGAGUCGGACCCAUCUGGAAGUGCUGGGUUAUUAUCCCUGGCACCUGUCAUCUCGCCCCCUCACGAGGAAUUGAACUCCUCGGGACCUCACCGCCAGUCAUGGUCCGCAAACCCGUUUCAUGGCAUGGGCAGGUGGUGGACUGGAAAGGCAGACGAUGAACAUGAACAACAGAUUGGCGGAGAAGCGGCAACUGCAAAUCUGCCUGCCUCUCCAGGCCCCGUUCGCGAUACAAGUGCAGACAGGAAAGAUAGGAAUGGACAUCGGCCUCGGUCAACGGAGGAGUCAAAGAAGCUGGGCACAUUCUCCGGUGUAUUUGUUCCUGUGACACUGAAUGUACUAAGUAUUUUGAUGUUCCUGCGCUUUGGAUUUGUCUUGGGCCAAGCAGGAUUGCUGGGAAUACUGGGACUCUUGGUUAUAUCGUACACGAUAAAUCUGGUGACAACCAUGUCGCUAUCUGCAAUUGCAACAAAUGGUACGGUCCGAGGAGGAGGUGCAUACUACUUGAUCUCUCGAUCCCUCGGUCCCGAAUUUGGUGGGUCCAUUGGGAUUGUAUUCUACAUGGGCCUCGUCUUCAACACCGGUAUGAAUGCGGUAGGCUUGGUAGACUGUUUCUAUCAAAACUUCGGUACUGUAUCUGGUAGCAUGGCAAAAUUCCUCGAAGAAGGGUUUUGGUGGUCGUAUUUGUGGGGAACGAUAAUUUUGGUUUUCUGUACCACCAUCUGCUUUGCUGGUAGCUCCCUCUUUGCGCGAGCAAGCAACGGCCUCUUGAUUAUCCUUCUGGUGGCAACUUUCAGCAUCCCGAUAUCGGCAAUAUUCAUGCAGCCAUUCACCCGAGAAGGCGUGGAGUUUACUGGAUUGAGCUUGAAAACCCUUGCGGGGAACCUCAAACCACAUCUGACUAAAGGUGCUGCAGGAAGUCAGUUCAAAGGACGGGAAAAUUUCCAGGAUCUUUUUGGCAUCCUGUUUCCUGCCACAUCGGGUAUCUUUGCCGGUGCGAGCAUGUCGGGUGAUCUCAAGCACCCAAGCAAAGCAAUUCCAAAGGGAACCUUGGCUGGUUUGGGCCUUACUUUUGUCACAUACACGCUGGUGAUUCUUGCCAUGGCGGCCUCCAUCACAAGGCAAUCCUUCUAUAACAACGUGAACGUAAUUCAGAUCGUUAACUACUCCGAUUAUAUCAUUCUGCUAGGAGAGUUUGCGACGAGUUUCUUCUCUGCAUUAAUGGGAGUUACCGGAUCCGCCAAGCUUCUCCAGGCGAUUGCUCGAGAUAGCUUGAUCCCCGGUAUCAAGAUCUUUGGUCAAGGUACAAAGAAGAAUGACGAGCCCAUUUAUGCAAUCAUCGUAACCUUUAUCUUCGCCCAGGUUACAAUGUUGUUUGACAUCAAUCGCAUCGCCUCUUUUGUGACCAUGGUAUACUUGAUGACUUUUCUAGUCACUAAUUUGGCCUGUUUCCUGCUAAAAAUUGGGUCUGCACCCAAUUUUCGACCAUCUUUCCAUUACUUCAAUUGGCAGACGGCAGCUGCGGGAACCCUGGUGAGCGGCAUCAGCAUGUUCUUUGUGGAUGGUCUCUACGCCAGCGGUUGCGUCAGCAUUCUUUUCAUUUUAUUCCUGCUGAUCCAUUAUACAUCCCCACCCAAACCAUGGGGAGAUGUCAGCCAGAGUUUGAUCUAUCAUCAGGUGCGGAAGUAUCUGCUGCGCCUACGUCAAGAGCAUGUCAAAUUUUGGCGACCACAAAUUCUUCUAUUUGUGAGCGAUCUCGAUCGACAGUACAAAAUGGUCUCCUUUUGCAACUCGCUGAAGAAAGGUGCAUUGUUCGUUCUAGGCCAUGUUAUAGUCACUGAAGACUUUUCAUCGGCUGUUCCAGAGGCCCGUCGACAGCAGACUGCAUGGACUAAGUUUGUUGAAUACUCCAAGAUCAAAGCAUUUGUCAAUAUUGCUAUUGCCCCUGCCGCAGAAUGGGGUAUGCGAAAUAUUGUUCUCAACUCCGGACUGGGGGGCAUGCGACCCAACAUCGUCGUCAUUGAUCAAUUUCGGGAGGACCAGUCCCUAGUGGAAACAAUAUCUCUGAGCAGUAACUCCAAGGCGAGACGUCGCUCAUCAGCAUUCGGUUCAAGGCAAGAUCAGAUUCCGGUCAAUCCUAUGACCAACCAAAGUUAUGUGACAGUCCUCGAAGACCUUUUGUUUAAGCUACGUAUCAAUGUUGCCGUGGCCAAAGGAUUCGAGGACCUGGAGCUGCCGGACCCCCAUGGCCGCCACACAAAGAAAUUUAUCGAUCUCUGGCCUAUUCAGAUGUCAGCGGAGCUAGGAGCUGACACAGAGAGCAAGCAGAAUGUGUUGACCACCAAUUUCGAUACCUACACGCUGAUUUUGCAAUUGGGCUGCAUUCUCAACACCGUGCCCUCGUGGAAGAAGACAUAUAAACUGCGGGUGGCUGUGUUUGUCGAGUAUGACACGGAUGUGGAGGACGAAAGAGCCCGGGUUGAAGCUCUCCUCGACAAACUACGAAUAGAAGCUGAAGUCCUUGUCUUCUGGCUUGCGUGUGGAGACUUAAAGGCGUACCGCAUCAUAGUCAAUGGGGAUACCUCUCCGGAGGUGGCAGAUGGUCAAAGUCAGGUUGAUUCUGUUCUCCAGGAUGAGGAAUGGUGGCAAGGAGUCUUGCGAUUUCGUAGCCAGUCCCAGACACAGGUAGUUGGUACGCCUGGUGAUGAAAUGCGGCUCGAAAGGGCGAGUACAUGGCAAGUACCUUCAAGCAUCGAGAGCGGAAAUCGACCAUACCAGCGAGCAACCGGACUUAGGAAACUGAUCCAGUCCAAUGGACGCAGACGGUCUGUGUCUAGCUUUAGAACAAUGGGCGGUGUCAGCCUGGGCAUGCAAACCCACCGUCUACUGGAUGCCUUUGUUGACUACGAUGGGGGGAGCUCGAGCAGCGAGAGCUGCGAUGACAGUGAUCAGGAACCAUACGUUAGUGAUCCGGAGAUCGAUGACGAGGUCCCGGUAAACGGCGUUAGCAGUCGGAAGGACUCACAACUGCUCAUUUCCAAUGAUGAGCAGAGUCCCGGUGUGAGUCCAUCUACACGUCCCAUGGGACAGAACUCGGCAUCUGCCCAGAUCAUACCCACAAUAAUCAUGGAAGACAACGCAUCGCCGACAAGCAAAUCACCGGCCCCUGGAUCUAUCCGUUCCAAUCGCCCGGGUAUCAGUCGCUCCGGAUCCAGCUACCGUUUCAGCUCCUCCCCAAUCCCUGAGGCCAAGGUUAACACAGGAUCAGAAGAGGCUGGCCCGUCAAUUAUGUUCGCACAAAACGCAUCACCUCCUCGCUUCGCGCAGAAACUCGAAUCCAUCUACGCACGGCGCUCAUCUGCCGUCUCGCCUACCUCCCCCAGCGCACACAGCGGUCAAACCGCAUCCGGAUUUCCAGCUUCAGCGUCGAUUCCGCUCUCAUUCAAUGAUCUUCCUAGCCGGGCACAGCAUCUUAUUCUGAACGAGCUGAUGAUCCAGCAAAGCAGUGAGACGGCUGUGAUUUUUACAACACUACCGACGCCGGUGGAGGGGACAUGUCUCCGCGAACAGGAUAGUGCCACGUACUUGAGUGACUUGGAGGUAUUGUGGCAAGGUCUACCGCCAUGUCUGCUGGUUCACAGCAACAGUAUGACUGUGACGAUGAAUCUAUGA